AGAGCCUGCCCCGCACACACAGCUCCUGCACUGCUCGCCCCGCACCCGGCUCAGAGCUGGACCUCUACAGCUUCCUCCUCGGAAACGGGACUUGGAGGGAUUCUAGCCAGGUGGCGGCCAUGCUGAAGCCCGGGGAAGCGGCAGGUUCUGCCUUCCUGAAGGUGGACCCGGUGUACCUCCAGCACUGGCAGCAGCUCUUCCCCCAGAGCCAUCAUGUGAAGGCCGGGGUCCUGGGCCAUGUCCCGCUCCCGGAGCCCCCAGCAGCAGACAGCCUCCGCCUGCGGCCGGCCUCCUUGUCCUCCACUUCUUCAGCCUCCUCCACCCCUGCACCUUCUGCUUCCCUGGCCGGGAUCACCCCAAUCGCCACUGUUAUGGGAGCCGCUCCAAGAAUGGAAGUCCCGGGACCACCGAGGAAGGAGCUGGUGGCCCCCGGCUGCCUGGAGGGGACCUCACCCGCCCUCCUGCACUGCACCCCCGAGGAGCUGGACUAUUAUCUGUAUGGACAACAGAGGAUGGAGAUCAUUCCACUCAGCACCCCCACCAGUGACCCCAACAACCGGUGUGACAUGUGUGCAGAUAAUCGAAAUGGAGAAUGUCCCAUGCAUGGGCCCUUGCAUUCUCUGCGACGUCUGGUGGGCACUAGCAGCACAGCAUCUGUGGCUCCUCCACCUGAGAUACCUGAGUGGUUACGUGAUCUUCCACGGGAGGUGUGUCUGUGUACCAGUACUGUGCCAGGUCUGGCAUAUGGCAUCUGUGCAGCUCAAAGAAUCCAACAGGGCACAUGGAUAGGGCCAUUUCAAGGGGUUAUUGUGUCCCCGGACAAAGUUCAAGCAGGAGCUCUGAGGAACACCCAGCAUCUUUGGGAGAUAUAUGACCAAGAUGGGACAUUACAGCACUUUAUUGAUGGCGGAGAACCCAGUAAGUCAAGCUGGAUGAGGUACGUCCGAUGCGCAAGGCACUGCGGGGAACAGAAUUUGACAGUAGUUCAGUACAGAUCCAGCAUAUUCUACAGAGCUUGUAUUGACAUUCCCCGGGGCACAGAGCUAUUGGUGUGGUACAAUGACAGCUACACGUCGUUCUUUGGGAUUCCAUUACAAUGCAUCGCUCAGGAUGAAAACUUGAACGUUCCAUCGCCAGUUAUUGAAGCCAUGUCCAGACAAGACCCUCUACAAUCCUUCAACAAAAAUGGCAAGUUGCCCUCUUCUACAUUGCAGAGGUCCAUAGUUUUUCCACAGACUCCAUGCAAUAGAAACUAUUCUCUCCUGGAUAAAUCUGGGCCUCUGGAUACAGGAUAUAACCAGAUUAAUGCCAAAAACCAACGAAUUCUUGCCAGCCCAACCUCAACGAGCCAACUCAACUCAGAAUUCAGUGACUGGCAUCUUUGGAAAUGUGGACAAUGCUUUAAGACUUUUACCCAAAGGAUUCUACUACAGAUGCACGUAUGCACCCAGAAUCCAGACAGGCCUUACCAGUGUGGACAUUGUUCCCAGUCCUUCUCUCAACCGUCAGAAUUAAGGAACCAUGUUGUCACCCACUCAAGCGACCGACCCUUUAAAUGUGGCUAUUGCGGUAGAGCUUUUGCUGGAGCAACGACAUUAAACAACCACAUCCGCACACACACAGGGGAGAAACCAUUUAAGUGCGAGAGGUGCGAGAGGAGCUUCACACAAGCCACACAGCUGAGUCGACAUCAGAGGAUGCCCAAUGAGUGCAAGCCGAUAACAGAGAGCACAGAAUCAAUUGAAGUGGAUUAACUGAUUGACUGGUUGGAAUUAAACUGCAAGGAAAGUCAUGAUUAAAUGUCACGGACACUUAAGCAAAACCAAAGAUUUCCUCCGAACAACUUUCAAUCAGGCCCAGAAAACCAAAAGCAGUAAUAAAAUAAGUAAGAUGUUAAGAGAUAUUGAUCUUGGCAUGGAAGAGAGACCAAGAGAGACAUUAUUUAUUUAUGAGUGGGGGUGAAUUAUAUUUCAAAGGACACAGGGACUUAACCUUUUGAGUCCCAUCAUCUAUAUAUAGCUUUAUUUCUAAAUGCAUUUUGUAAAGAAAAAUGUUAUUUAAUACCACAGCAAAAGUCAAGUUCUGUCAAUGCCCACAUCUCUGUCUUUGAAUGCACAUGGACUUGUUCAAAAAAGCACCUUUUGUAGCAUGAUAUCAUUCCUCUAAAAAAAAGGGGCCAGGACAAUACGAUUUGGGAUGGUGAAGAUAUCCUAAAGACAAUGGAAUUUGAAGACCAGAAGAAAAGUUCUUCCUGUUUCUUUACUCUCCUGGUAAGGAGUUGAUGUUGAUGACUUAGUUAUUUGUCCAGCUGUUGGGAGGGGACAUUAUGAUGGGAGCCAUGUUUAAGGCAUUUGGAACUGAUAACUGACCAAAGAGGACAUUUUACUCAUCCACCAUCUACUGAGUCUACUUACAAAUCAUACUUUGUGCACUUUUCAUGUUAAAGACUUCAUAGACAUUGUUUAUGAUA